CUAACAAAGAUGCGUUUAUGUGAAAUAUUUAUUUUGUUUUUAUAUGUACUUGCAAUUUUGAAACAAACAUAAAAGUUCUGUUCUUAUCUCUAAGUCAAUCUGAGGUGAUGUGAACUGAGAAUAUUUGUUUUGUUUGCUGAAUCGUUAACUGUUUGUUCGAAUGAUUGAAUAGAUUAAUUAAACUCAGUUUAACACGUGCAAAUUAUGUUAUAAAUAUGUCAUAUCUGAAAUAUUUGAAAUGCUUUUUCUUAAUGAAUUUGCGUAAAUAUACAAACCUUUGAUUUAACGAUAAGUGACAUGAGAAAAGCAGAUUAUUAAAAAGGAAAUAUUAAUAUACUGUUUUAGCAUAACGUUCAUUCAGUAUACUUUUGUUCUUCUGGUGAUUUACUUCAAAACGUUCAUAGUGGUAUUUGUUAUGGAGAGUGAUGUUGGGCAUACAAUUCCAGCACCUGGAGCUGCAGAAUAUUUAGCUGCCGCUCGAGUGUCACUUACAUACAGGGAUAAACUUGCUUCGCUAGAUGGUACAAUUCAAAACAAACCUACUGAUUCAGAAAAAGGUAACGUGUCUAUGGGACUACAGAAAGGAAAAUUUGUAAAAAAUCCAAAUGCCCCAGAUGACAGAUUUUAUUUCAUUUUAAUUACCAUAUCGCUGUUCAGUUUGGUGCAGAUGUUGCCCUUUUUGUUUUUCAGUACUGCAAAUGAGUACUGGAUGUAUAAAUUUCGAAACACAACUCUGGACAGUAAGGACGCAAAUGAUAGAACUACCAUGCAGAGAUACUUUUCAUCGUUAACGACGUUAACUAUUACAACACCAGGGGUGAUUUGUAGUUUUCUGGCAGCAAUCGGAGGACAUAAAAUUAAAGCCACCACUCGUGUGUCCUGUGUUUUGACUGUGUUUUCAACUGUGUUAGUUACACAAGCCAUUUUUGUUACUAUAAACACGGAUACCUGGCAACUAGGAUUUUUUAUUUUCACUCUACUCAAUCAGCUGAUUAUGUCAUGUGCGAUGUCACUAGGAGGAUCAGGUGCCAUGGGUCUAAUUUCUAAAUUACCUCCAAUUUACAUGAAAGCGCAUUUGGUGGGCGAAGGCGUGGCGGGAGUUUUUUCGUCACUGUUGCGUCUUCUUACCAUCAUCAUUUCGCCAUCGACUAGUGGCGCAGCGUUUCUCUAUUUUGGUACUGGAAGCGCUCUGAUGAUCUUCACAACAAUUAUUUUCUUAUUUGCAACGAAAACAAAGUUUUUUAGAUAUUACACCGAAGGUACUAAAGACGAGGCAAAAGAAAGCCUCAGAAAUCAUAAAGACAUUAUUGAUGUACUCAAAAUAAUAUGGCCUUUAAUAAUACUACCUCUAUUUGGAAUGCUCAUACCCACGACAUCAAUAAUAAAUCUAGUGGUAUCACAGUACAAUGGCACCGACAAUAUUUGGGGAGAUAAAUAUUUUGUUACGAUUUGCUCCUACUUAGUACCGGCCCUUGCCGGAUUAUUCGGUAGAGGAUUAUUCAACUAUCUGGACAUUGAUUUAUCAGUACCCCUUCUCUACCUGUUUACCAUAACCAAAGAUGGCCUGUCUGGAUCAUUAAUAUGUUUGUCUAAUGCGAAACCAAGGCACAAUCUAACCGUCAUUGUAAACAAAGACUGGGAGUAUGCUCUACUAACAGGCGCACAAGCCAUGUCCUCAGGAUUUUUCAUUAAUUUAUUUAUGAUGAAAAUUUUAAGGUCAGUACCACCAAACCGCAUCGAACUUGCAAUGAUGAUCACCAUGUUCUUCCUGAGUCUAUUUUCGGCAAUUACAUCCCCACUUGGCGUUUUAGUGGUCAGUCUUCUUUAAAGAAAGCAAAAGACUUUCGGUGUGCGUGCAGACAGUCGGUAGAACCAUUAGUAUAGAUGACGGUAUAAACCGAAAUUUUAAACGGAAAUCUCCAAUGUCGAUAUUUUUAAUUAUGGUUAAGUAUUUGGUUAGUGUCAUAUUGUCUGUAGGGGGAAUAUACUGGAAAAGAGAGGCUGUGAUAUCAGGAUACAACAAAACAUACUAUUUUGAACUUAAAUUAUUUAGACUUAUGAAUGACUAAUUUACAGAAAAUAUAGAAAAAUUGAAAGCUUUCCUGUUAUUUAUUCUCAAUAGAUAAUGUAUUAAACAGAAUUUAGGAUUAAUCAUUAGCUAAUGAAAUUGUAUUUAUAAUUUACGUUAAAUAAAUGAGCUCCAUAUGGUAUCAACUUGCAACAA